GGAGACAGCCGAUCAAUGAUUCUCAUCAUUGAUGUUUCUAUCUCUCUUUCCCCUUCUCCCUCUCUGAAAUCAAUUUUAAAAAAUAUGUUUAAAAGUUAAGUCAAUUAAAAUAAUGAAAAGUGCAAUUUCAUGUUUGCUAUGGUCUGGAUGAACUAUUUCAUUUAAAAAUGCAACUGUGUGCUCAAUGGUUAGAGCGUUAGCCCUCAAACCAAAGGGUUGCAAGUUUGAUUCCCAGCUAUCUUUCUCUUUCCUUCUCCCCCUACCUUCCACUCUCUCGAAAAUUCAAUGGAAAAAAUAUUCAAGUGAGAUUAACCUAAAUAAAUACAUAAAAACACAUGUUUCCAAGAAGGUAAUUAUUUGUAUAUUUUUUGCAACACUGUAGCAAAAACUUGGAAGUAAGAAAUUAAUGGGUAAGUAAAGUUGAUACAUUUAUACCAGGAAAUACUAUACAGCUGUCAAAAUGAAUGAGUAUGGCUAAGGAUCAAUUUGAAUAGCUUACAAUAAUCUGAUACUGAGUGGAAAGAAACAUUGCAGAAGCUGUAUGCAUGGCAUUAAACGAUGUGGUAAUGUUUCAUCACAAACGGGACAGAGAGUUAGCCAUUCUUAAGCACCUACUAUGUGCCAGGUGCCUAAUUCAAUGCCCACAGGAAUCCGCUGAGCUAGUUACUAAUUAUGGUUUCUCCUCACAGAGUAGGAAACAGGCUCCGUGAGGCACAGCCCCACACAGGACCCCACAGGGGAGGCCCCUCAGCCCCUCCAGGCCCCUCCCUGCCGGGCCGUCCUGAGACUUGGCUGCCCAGGCCCGGCCCUCAGGCCUGGGCCAGAAUCCUGAGCUGGCGCUGGGCAGGAGGCCGUGUAACUCCAGCCGCAGCUCCCGCCCCUGCCCGCCCCUCCUUCACCUCAGCCUCUGCUGAGCUGCCCACAAUGCCUCCCAUUCAGCCCUGUCCCCGCUGCCAGGCCUGCAGGCGGGGAGGGGGCUCCUGCCAGCAUCCAGACAGGGACAGACGCAGCCUUUCCCUUGUGCUGCUGCUCUUCCAGGCUGGACUGCCCGUGAGACGGCAUGGAGGGUCCCCAAAGCAUCUCCUCGGUCCUGCUGCUGUUUCUGCUGCUGCCCCUGGGCCCAACUGGGCACACAGCCGCCCAGCGCUGCCCACAGACCUGUGUCUGUGACAACUCCAGGCGGCAUGUGGCCUGCCGGCACCAGAACCUCACUGAGGUGCCCAACGCCAUCCCUGAGCUGACCCAGCGGCUGGACCUCCAGGGCAACCUGCUGAAGGUGCUGGGCCCAGCCGCCUUCCAGGACCUGCCUUACCUGACCCACCUGGACCUGCGGCACUGCCAGGUGGAGCUGGUGGCCGAGGGUGCCUUCCGCGGCCUGGGCCGCCUGCUCUUCCUCAACCUGGCCUCCAACCGCCUGCGCGCGCUGCCCCAGGAGGCGCUGGACGGGCUGGGCUCCCUGCGGCGGCUGGAGCUGGAGGGGAACCUGCUGGAGGAGCUGCGGCCGGGGACGUUCGGGGCGCUGGGCGCACUGGUCACCCUCAACCUGGCGCACAACGCCCUCGUCUACCUGCCCGCCAUGGCCUUCCAGGGGCUGCUGCGCACCCGCGGGCUGCGGCUGGCCCACAACGCGCUCAGCGUGCUGGCCCCCGAGGCGCUGGCCGGCCUGCCCGCCCUGCGCAGGCUCAGCCUGCACCACAACGAGCUGCAGGCCCUGCCCGGCGCGGCUCUGUCCCAGGCCCGCGGCCUGGCGCGCCUGGAGCUGGGCCACAACCCCUUCACCUACGCGGGCGAGGAGGACGGGCUGGCCCUGCCCGGCCUGCGGGAGCUGGUGCUGGACCACGGCGCCCUGCAGGCCCUGGACGCCCGGGCCUUCGCCCACUGCCCGCGCCUGCACACCCUGGACCUCCGCGGGAACCAGCUGGACACGCUGCCGCCGCUGCAGGGCCCGGGGCAGCUGCGCCGGCUGAGGCUGCAGGGGAACCCGCUGUGGUGCGGCUGCCAGGCCCGGCCGCUGCUCGAGUGGCUGGCGCGGGCGCGCGUGCACUCCGAUGGCGCGUGCCAAGGCCCCCGGCGCCUGCGGGGCGAGGCCCUGGACGCCCUGCGGCCCGCGGACCUGCGCUGCCCCGGGGACCCGGCCGAGGACCCGGCCGAGGAUGAGGAGCCGGCGGCCGCGCGGCCCCGCGCCCCUCCGGGCCCCGCGGAGGAGGACGGCGCGGCCCAGCCCUGCCCGCGCGCCUGCGUGUGCGCCUCCGCGUCCCGGCACAGCGGCUGCGAGGGCCGAGGCCUGCAGGCCGUGCCCCGCGGCUUCCCCGGCGACACCCAGCUCCUGGACCUGCGGCGGAACCGCUUCCCGGCGGUGCCCCGCGCGGCCUUCCCGGGCCUGGGCCAGCUGGUGUCGCUGCACCUGCAGCACUGCGGCAUCGCGGCGCUGGAGGCGGGCGCCCUGGCCGGGCUGGGCAGCCUGCUCUACCUCUACCUCUCCGACAACCAGCUCUCCGGCCUGGGCGCCGCCGCCCUGGAAGGGGCCCCGCGCCUGGGCUACCUGUACCUGGAGCGCAACCGCUUCCUGCAGGUGCCGGGGGCCGCCCUGCGCGCCCUGCCGCGCCUCUUCUCCCUGCACCUGCAGGACAACGCGGUGGAGCGCCUGGCGCCCGGGGACCUGGCGGGCGCGCCGGCCUUGCGCUGGCUCUACCUGAGCGGGAACCGCCUCUCCCAGGUGUCCCCCGGCGCCCUGGGCCCCGCUCCGGAGCUGGAGAAGCUGCACCUCGACAGGAACCAGCUGCGAGAGGUGCCCACGGGGGCCCUGGAGGGGCUGCCUGCCCUCCUGGAGCUGCAGCUCUCGGGGAACCCGCUCAGGGCCCUGCGGGAUGGCGCCUUCCGGCCUGUGGGCCGGUCGCUGCAGCACCUCUUCCUGAACAGCAGUGGCCUGGAGCAGGUUUCUCCCGGGGCCUUCUCAGGCCUGGGGCCCAGGCUGCAGAGCCUCCACCUGCAGAAGAACCAGCUGCAGGUCCUGCCCGCCCUGCCGGGGCUCAGCCAGCUGGAGCUGGUUGACCUCAGUGGCAAUCCCUUCCGCUGUGACUGCCAGCUGCUCCCACUUCACAGGUGGCUCACUGGGCUGAACCUGCACGUGGGGGCCACCUGUGCCGCCCCGCCCAGUGCCCGCGGCCAGAGGGUGAAGGCUGCAGUUGCUGCCUUUGAAGCCUGCCCGAGCUGGGCUUCCAGGAAGGCCAAGCGGAUGCCCAGUGCCCGGAGAACCCGCGUGAAGGGAAGUCGGCAGGGAGCAGACAAGGUGGGGAAGGAGAGGCGCGGCCCCUGAGCCCUGCCACAGGCCGCCCGGCCCGCCAGCCCGCCCUGGGCUCUUACUCUCAUCGGGAGCAGCCCCCGCCGAGACCUUCUCUGUG